UCUUAUGACCCCAACAAUCACUGAAAUCGUUGACAUCACACCUUCAGACCAUGUCACACUCAGGCUUCCUGUCGCGGUAACCAGAAACCAUGAUACUCCGCCAUACAAUUUGCCAUGGCCACAUCCUUCGUCCCGCGCGCUAUAUUCCCGACCCUCCAGAACCUCCCAAAGUCCUACUUUAUCGGCCACCAUAAGACCGCCAUCCAGAGCAUCCGCAAGACAAUCUCCACCAUCGAUCUCGUGAUAGAAUGUCGCGACUACCGUGUGCCUCUGACGAGCAUAAAUCCACUCUUUGAGCAGUGCCUCGAAGGCCGCCCGCGCGUACUUGUCUACACGAAGCGCGACGUCGGAAAUUCCGCCUCGAUCGAGGAUGCAAAUCGCGAAAAACUCCUCCGCAACGCCUAUAGCCCCUCCACCACGGUCUUCUUCUCCGACUGCACAAACAAGUUCCACGUCAGCGGCAUCCUCAAAUACCUCAAGAGCCAGAUUCCCACCGCUUCGUCGCUCACCGGCCUGCAAGUCCUCAUCGUCGGCAUGCCCAAUGUCGGAAAAUCAACGCUCCUCAACUCGCUCCGUCACAUCGGCGUCAAUCGUAAGAAAGCCGCACGGACAGGCGACCAGCCCGGCGUGACGCGCAGCAUGCCGUCAUACGUGCGCAUCGCACAGGCUACGGGCAACUGGCGCGAUCCCGGCGGUGUGUAUGUAAAAGAUAGUCCGGGGGUGUUUGUGCCGUACAUUCCAGACCCGGACGCGAUGCUGAAGCUGGCCCUGUGCGGCUGUGUGAAGGAUACCGUGAUUCAUCCAGUCCAAGUCGCCGACUACCUGCUAUACCAAAUCAAUAAGCACGGUAAACACAAUGCGUAUAAGCGCUUCUGCGGGCCGACAAAUGAUAUCAUGGAGCUACUACUAGGGGUAUCGAAGAAUCUGGGCAUGCUUAAGAAGCAGGGGGAGCCGAUGUUUGAGGGCGCGGCGGUGAGGUGGUUGCAGUGGUUUCGGCAUGGGAGGAUGGGGAGGUUUUGUCUAGAUGAAGUCAGUGAAGAGAGUAUUCGUGAGGCACAUGCUGCGAAGCCGUUCAUAACGAGUUAUAGUGCGGCGAAGAAGCAGAGUAAAGCGAUACGUAUCAAAGGGCAAAGGAAUAUUACGACCGAGGAGCAGUUACCGUAGGGGGUGUGUAUAUAUUGUAUAGUAGGACUCGCUAUCCGUGUUGUGUCGAAGAAGUGCUUUUGUUAGUGGGUAUCAUAGCUAAACUUUUCCAGGUUCCUUUUUCCAUCCAUCCCGUAUCAGUUUCUCAGCUUUAGUACCUCGCACCACAUCCUCACCUCGGCUUCCUCCCGCCUCCUCUCUCCUCUUGCAAACCUCCCCACCGUCUCCUUCGCCCCCUUCACGCCAAUCUUCUCCCACACCUCGCGGAGUCCCAUCAAACUUGCCGCCGCCGCAACCUCUACCUUUUUCCCCAUCUCCUCCUCCUCCUCACCACCCGGACCUCCUCCUUGCACAUCUAUAUCCCAGGCUUCGUCCUCUUCAUCUUCGUCACCCUCAAUCCCGAUGCCCUC